AUGACCGUAGCUUCAGAGGUACAGGACGCUCUUACGGAGCGAUUACCCAACUACAUGUUACCGGCUAUUUACUUUACGCUUUCAUGUAUACCACUUAUUAUCUCUGGCAACACGGACCAACGAAAACUACGCGAGAUUGGUUCCAGCAUUUCUAGCCGCCGGCAAACGCAGAUUCGUACUUCCAGCAACGACAAGGAAGUACCAACAACGGAUGUGGGAGAGGCGUCGCAACAGAUCUGGAGUCGCGUGCUCAAUCUUGACUCUGGCACCGUCAGCGCUGACGAUAGUUUCUUCCGCCCUGGUGGUGACUCCAUCUCGGCCAUGAAGGUCGUUAGCGCGGUCCGUGAGGUUGGCCACGCCCUACUCUCCCUGUCCGUCGCUGACAUUUUCCGUUACCCAUUCCUCAAUCAGCUAGCACAGAGAGGGGAGGCGGCACGGACAGGAGAGGAAGCAGCACAGAUCUAG